AUGAAGCCAUGCAUGACGGCUCUAAGACAAGUGAUUCAACCAUUGUUGAACUACCAAGGUCUAACCGCCGGUUUAAACAUGGUCGACGUUCCGUUUUUCCGGCGAAAAGACAAGGUUGUUUUCGUCAUGGGAGCCACCGGAACCGGUAAAUCUCGUCUCGCCAUCGACCUAGCCACUCGUUUUCCGGCGGAGAUCGUAAACUCCGACAAGAUCCAAGUCUACAAAGGUCUCGACAUAGUCACCAACAAAGUCACUCCGGAAGAAAGUCUCGGCGUUCCUCACCACCUUCUCGGCGUCGUCGACGACACUCACGACGAUUUCACGGCUGAGGAUUUCCAGCGGGAAGCAAUAAGAGCCGUCGAAUCGAUCGUCCAGAGAGACCGUGUCCCUAUCAUAGCCGGUGGUUCCAAUUCUUACAUCGAGGCUUUAGUCAACGAUUGCGUUGACUUCCGGUUAAGGUACAAUUGCUGCUUCUUGUGGGUCGAUGUCGCUAGACCGGUUUUACACUCGUUUGUGUCGGAGCGAGUCGAUAAGAUGGUUGAGAUGGGUCUCGUCGACGAGGUUCGCCGCAUCUUCGAUCCCUCGUCGGCAGAUUACUCCGCCGGAAUACGCCGUGCGAUCGGAGUUCCGGAGCUGGACGGCUAUCUCAGGGCGGAGAUGCGGGAUUAUCCGGCGGAGACGACGGAGAGACUUUUGGAGACGGCGAUUGAGAAGAUUAAGGAGAACAAUUGUUUGCUCGCGUGUAGACAGUUACAGAAGAUUCAGAGGCUUUACAAGCAGUGGAAAUGGAAUAUGCACCGUGUAGACGCGACGGAGGUUUUUCUCCGACGAGGAGAAGAAGCCGAUGAGGCUUGGGAGAAUUCGGUGGCUCGACCGAGUGCACUCGCCGUCGAUCGGUUCCUUGAUCCCGGCGCUGAUAUUAUCUUCCCGGAGAUAUCCGCCGUUCCAUCGCUCCCAGCCGCCGUGGUGGCGAUUUCCCGUUGA